AUGGGGCCCCCGCGGGGCCAGUGGGCGGCCCUCGCGGCGGCAAUGGCCAAUCGUCUCGCCACAGUAUCGAAAGCUGUGCUGGCUAAAAUAAUCUCGUUUUACAAUCGAAUUCCAUUUCUGGGAAGUGUGAAGCUGAAUUUCAUCUCGCUCCAUUAUAUGUACAUCAUUCUGUGGACAAUUGCUGGAUCGGUGGUUGUGUAUGGUGGUAGUGGAAUACCGUACAUCGAUGCGCUCUUCUUUGCCUCGGGUGCCGCUACUCAGAGCGGUCUGAACACCAUCGACUUCAACCGCUUGCCCAGUUACUCGCAGAUUUUCCUCUAUAUCAUUUCGAUGUUCACGAAUCCCAUCGUCAUCCAUUCGUUCGUCGUCUUUGUUCGCCUUUACUGGUUCGAGAAGCGAUUCGAACACAUUGUGCGAGAUGCUCGAGCGUUGCGUCGGUCAAGGUCCAAGAGCUCUACGACGGGGAGGGAUCAAGAUCUGGACCGACAAGAAUUGGGUGUUCGUGGACAAUCUAUCGUCGUUUUGCGCAACGAGGACGGGGAGGCUCGUGAGGCCAUGCAGGAUGUAGCCAAGCUGGACCCCGAAUCCAAUUCAGAAACCGGCUCGUCGACCCCGAAAAAUGAGACCCGUCAAGGGCCCGAAGGUAAGGGAGCCAUAGGGCCCAGGAGAUUGACAUCAGACUCGGACGUGUCUAGUGAGAGUCGUUUGCGAUUACCUGUGCGCCUGAGCCCCGAGCAUCAUAUUGCCUUUCUGGAGCAUCAGCGGUCAGACAAAGGACGAUUGCGAAUCCCCAGCCCCAGGGAGUUCGAUCGUGGAGGUGUGCCGGAGGCCUUGGACGAAGAGGGCGAAGACACUGCGAAUGGAGAGAGUCGUCCUCCCAACGAGCGGACGGAGGACGCGGUUGACGAGAACGAGAACGAGAACGGUGGCGGUCAUAUCACUAUCAAUGAGCCCGAGAUCUUGCGCUCGAGAACGCGAACUGCGACGCUUCCCAGGAUCGAGUCCCGGCGUACUACCGAGCGAGAUGAUGAUCAGCCGAAUCUAAUUAGACAUCGGAGCCGAAAAGGCACGCUCAAUGGUCUGUUUCGAUCGCUCACCCAAGAGCGGGAAAAGGACACCCUGCCGUACCUGAGCUGGAAUGCAACGGUUGGCCGAAAUUCGACCUUCAUUGCUCUGACAGAAGAGCAGCGAGAGGAGCUCGGAGGCAUUGAAUAUCGCGCGUUGAAGACAUUAGCCCUAGUCUUGGUCGCCUACUUUUUCUUCUUCCAUAUUCUGGGGGUUAUCUGCCUGGUGCCUUGGAUCAUGCACACCCAUUACGGGUCCAUUGUGACGGCAGAUGGCCAGGGACGUCCAUGGUGGGGAAUCUUCACGGCCCAGUCGGCCUUCAACGACGUGGGGUAUACCUUGACCCCAGACUCGAUGAACUCCUUCCAGGAUGCCGUUUUUCCUCUUCUCCUGAUGAGCUUUCUCAUCGUUAUUGGCAAUACGGGAUUUCCUUGCAUGCUUCGCCUCAUUAUCUGGAUUCUUUCAAAGAUUGUAACCACCGGGACCCCGUUAUGGGAGGAACUCCAAUUCCUCCUCGACCACCCGCGGCGCUGCUUUACGCUCCUUUUCCCCCGCAACGCUACGUGGUGGCUGUUUGCUAUCCUCGUCAUUCUCAACGGCUUAGACCUGUUAUUCUUCAUCAUUUUGGAUUUGAAUGAUCCCACUGUCACUUCCAUCCCUCCGGGCAUACGGGUCUUGGAUGGCCUUUUCCAAGCUGUUUCCACGAGAACGGCCGGCUUUGGCGUUGUCAAUCUCUCCAAUCUCCACCCGGCCAUACAAGUCUCGUACUUAAUCAUGAUGUAUAUUUCAGUCUUCCCUAUUGCCAUCUCGAUGCGGCGAACCAACGUCUAUGAAGAGAGAAGCCUCGGUAUUUAUGCCACUGUUGAAGAAGACACAGAGGACGCGAAGCCUCCUAGCUAUAUUGGGACACAUUUGCGGCGACAGCUGAGUUUCGAUCUUUGCCAGUUCCGGGUACUUUCGAAGUUGGUGAUCAUUGCGAUGCAGAUCCGUGGCCGACACCGUGGACUGCCCUAUGCCCUAGAUCGGGCGAUCUUGCUUCCCUCAGAAUCUCUUCACCGGAAAGAGCUCGCUGAGGCCGAGCGCCAUCUGCGGCGACGGAACUCCAUGGUCAGCGAAAUUUCUGCAGUCACCGGUCGGCAGCCGCCGGGUAUAUUCCGAUCGGAGACCGGUCUCUCGACCGCGAGAGAUAGAGGAAGUCGUCCUCAGGAGGCACAUGCAACCGGUGUCAGCGCUGGUAUUUAA